AAAUGUGCCGCGCUGCCGUGUAUAAUAAGAGUCACACAGGCAGAGUUUGUCAACUUCUACCAAACUGCAGGGACCUGAUCUCUGAUGGAGACUCAGUCUGAUUUUGAGGUGAUCUUAGAGUUCCUGGAGGAAUACUACAGACACAACGCCACAGGAAACGAGGAUAAAGAGUUUGGCCGUGCGCCUGUGGAGGAGGAGGAGGAGGAGGGCGAGGAGGAGGCGUGUGACCAGCGCUGGACGUGCUACGAUCCACCGCCGCUCCCGGCACACGAAGCCUCAACAACCUUCUGCCAAAGCCCGGCAGCAGCGGUGUCUGAGCAUGGGUCAGUGCCAAACUCUGCAUCAAGCAGACAAACCAGCAAACACCGGGCCACAGCAACAGGGAGUGGGAGGAAGGUGCGACUCUUUCACUUUCUCUUUGAGAUGCUGGAGGAUCCAAACAUGGCCCACUGUGUGUCCUGGGUCCCGGCAGCCACCGGCGUGUUCCGCUUCUCCUCCAGCAACAAGGACCAGGUGGCGGCGCUGUGGGGCCAGAGGAAAGGCAACAAGAGGCCCAUGACCUAUCAGAAGAUGUCGCGGGCGCUCAGGAACUACGCCCGCUCAGGAGAGAUCUUCAAGGUCAAGAAGAAACUCACCUACCAGUUCAGCCAGGACACUCUUCUGUCACUGCAGCGCUGUCAUCAUCUCAUCUGACCCUCUCUGACUGCUACGGGUUAGGGUUAGGGCUAAUCCUAACCCUAAUCCUUAGCUACAGGUGUAAAUAUGACUAAAUAAAUACAGUAGGUACCGUUAGUAACAACAAUUUAUAUUUGUACAAAUCAUCCUGUCCUGAUAUUCACCAGCACAGAUUAACUAGCAACAGAUUAACCAGCAACAGAUUCACCAGCACAGAUUAACUAGCAACAGAUUAACCAGCAACUGAUUCACCAGCACAGAUUAACCAGCAACAGAUU